ACACAAUAUGCCGACAGCAGUCAUUACGGGCGCCAACAGCGGGAUCGGCAAUGCGCUUGCCCAAAUCCUGGUAAAUGAGGGCUACAAAGUCAUAGCAGCCGACAUCGAAAUCGGUGACCCAAUCAAGAAGUUAGGAUGCGAAAGCAUCAAGCUUGACAUCGCGUCACCUGAAGAUAUCCAAAGCUUCAAGCAACAAGUGGGCAAUCAGCGGAUCGAUAUGCUUCUGAAUGUCGCAGGCAUAGCGUCGCCUCCCGAAAGCGACACGCUAGAAACCGUCGACAUAACCAACUUCACCAAGACUUUCGCAGUAAACACAUUCGGCCCACUCCUUCUGACUCAGGCUCUGCUCCCCAACAUCAUCCUCUCGCCUCAACCUCGGAUUGCCGUAAUAUCCUCGCGCGUCGGCAGCAUGGGUGACAAUUCGUCGGGCGGCGCGUACUCGUAUCGAGCCUCUAAAGCUGCGGUGAACAGCUUAUUCAAGAGCAUGGCCGUGGAUUUGAAAGAGGAAAAGGUACCAGUGCUUUUGCUGCACCCGGGGAUUGUGAAGACAAAUAUCUUCAAGACCUGGAAGAAAGGUGUUGGUCAGGAGGUUCAGGGUGCAGUCGAGCCGGAGGUCGCGGCUAGUGAGCUUUGGGGGGUGUUCAUGGGGAAAGGCCUAGAGAGCACGGGCAUGUUUUAUCAUCGGAAUGGAGAGGAACUGCCUUGGUAGAUGAUGAGCUUGCGUGUAGAUGCAGUGGCUGAUAUUUCUAAACCAAUGUUUCACACAUGCAUAGGAUAUCGUGUUGAAGUGGUAUCAUUACACUUAUUCUCCGUCCC